AUGUCUGAGAAAGAACUCCCUCUCGAGGAGGGCUAUCCUCAACAAGUAGAGAAGCGAGCUCCUUCUCGCAACCGGGGUGUCCUCGCUGCUAUCAUCAUUAACUUUCUACUCCUCGGAACGCUGGUCCAUCCUACCACCAGGUCUUAUCACCCAGCUUGCCACGCCUACUCACGCUUGCGUCCGCAGACGGUAGAAAACCGAGUUCAUAACAUCCUAUCUACAACGCCGCUUAUAGAUGGACAUGAUGAUUUUCCACUGCUCGUCCGCGCCUUGUAUCACAACAAGAUCUAUGGCAACUUCUCCGAGGCAUUUAGCGAGACAGGAUUACCAAUGCAAGUUGACCUACCACGAUUGAGGGCUGGGCAGAAUGGAGGUGCCUUUUGGAGUGUUUUCGCUCCUUGUCCAGCAAAUGGGUCGGACUGGUCGGACGAGAACUACAGAAGCAGCGUUCAGUUCACGCUUGAGCAGAUUGAUCUCGUAAACCGCCUCAGUGCCGCCUUUUCCAAGGACUUCUCCAAUGUGAUUGGCAUCACCGCCGACUCUGCCUUGGCAUCGUUCAAGGAGGGUAAACUCAUUUCACCCUUGGGCGUCGAGGGUCUCCACCAAAUUGGUAAUUCCGUUGCCAAUUUGCGCCUCUUUCACAGUUUAGGUGCUCGAUAUGUCACGCUGACCCAUAACUGUGGCAAUAUCUUUGCGGACUCUGCACUCGUUGAGCAUCCUUUCCGCAAGGCUGAGCCAUAUUGGGGAGGUCUCUCUCCCAAGGGCAAGAAGCUUGUUCACGAGAUGAACCGCAUUGGCAUGAUCGUGGAUCUGGCUCAUGUCAGUGCGGACACCAUGCGCGACGUUCUUGGCGGAAGUGACUGGGAGGGAAGCAAGGCACCCGUCAUGUAUAGCCACUCUUCUGCGUUCUCUAUUUGCCCGCACCCAAGAAAUGUGCCCGAUGAUAUCCUUCAGCUGGUCAAGAAAACAAACUCUAUCGUCAUGGUCAAUUUUGCUCCCGACUUCAUCUCCUGUGAAGACGUCGGCAAUGACAAUGGCGUUCCUGCGCCCGUGCCAGAGAAUGCUACACUUGACAAGGUCGCAGAUCACAUCACCUACAUCGGUGAUCUCAUCGGUUAUGAUCAUGUAGGUGUCGGCAGCGAUUUUGAUGGUAUUCCAUCCGUGCCGAAAGGACUGGAAGAUGUUUCCAAGUACCCUGAGCUUUUUGCCGAGUUGUUGAGACGCGGUGUUUCCGAUGUCGACGCCGCGAAGGUUGCUGGAGGGAACAUCCUCCGUGUCUGGAAAGAUGUCGAAAUCACCGCAGCUAAGCUACAGGAGGAAGACUUUCCAGUCUACGAGGACGAGAUUCCAAAGGGGUCGAUUGGUCAAUCAUUGAACCAGAUUGGCCUGUACUGA